AUGUCAAAAACUGAUGCACGAUUUGUUUCAACAACUAAAGAAGUGAUUUCUGAAUUUCAACAAGCAUCAAUAAAUAUAAAUACUGACAAAUCUAAGAAUGUAUGGAUGUCUUUGUUUAUAAAAUUUCGUGAAUUACGUAACUAUUCAAAUGAAAUUGUUGAACUGGAUAAUAAAACAUUAUCAGAUCAGUUGGGGCAGUUUAUUGUUGAAGUAAGAAAAUCAAACGGUCAGGAAUAUAAGGCAACAUCACUCUAUACUGGAUUUUGUGCUAUAGCACGAGGAAUAUCUGAUAUGUUUGAAGAAAUACGAAUUGUAAACUUGUUUGAUAAAUAUCAAUUUAAAAGUUUACAUAGAACACUAGAUGGUCGCAUGAAAUCACUUGCUAAUGAUGGUGAUAAAAAUCGUAAACAAUCUAGUCCACUAGAAAUUGAUGAAAUUAAGUUUAUACUAAAUUCACCUGCUACGGCUGUUGAUAAUCCAAAGGGCCUUAUGCGAAGAAUUUGGAUCUGGUUAACUUUAUUAUGUUGUUUAAGAGGUGGAGACGCAAAAAGAUUAAAAGCAUCUUGGCUUAAAGAACUAGAUGAUGGUGGUAUGUUGCUUGAACUGCCUAAAGAAAAAAACCAUGCAGGAGGAAUUAAAGAUCCAUAUGCGGAAUCUGGAAGUAGUUUAAUACCACCUGAUAUCUCAGAAAAUAUUUAUACCCCAGUUGCUGACAUUCGAAAAUAUUUAUCUAAACGUCCAAACAAUGUUGUUGAUGAUUAUUUCUUCGUUUCAAUAAAUACUCCUAAGAAAGUAUAUCAUGGUGAUUGGUAUUUAACAUCAAAAUUAGGAAAAGGAUCGCAUGAUACUAUGAUGCAUAAUAUUUGUAAAGAUGCUAAGCUGGAUUUUAAAGGCCGUUCUAUUACUAAUCAUUCUAUGCGAUCUACGGGUAUUCAUAAUCUUGUAGAAUUGGGUGUUACAUUAGAUGAACAAAUGAUCUUUUCUCGACAUAAAACUAUUGCAGGAGUUUCAGCUUAUCAGCAUCAAUCAUUAAAACGUAAACGAGAUAAUGUUUCUCUUUUAAUUCCAAUUGAAGAAGCAGCAUUAAAGGAUUCUACUUCUAAUUAUAUUAAUAAAGGAUUUUCCAAAGCAUCUGAUUUACUUUCCAGUAAAUUUAAUGAAAUCGAUUCUGAAGCCAAUGUCAAUAAUGAACCCAAAACUAAAGUUGAUAAUAAAUCCGAAGCUAAAACUAAUAAUGAGAUCGAUUCUG